AUGGAUGCUCGCCCAAAGGUGAUAUACCUCCCAGACACUAUGGUUAACUGGCCCUGGCCUCAACACCUUCGAAGCGGUUGUGACUUGAUGAAUUUAUUCUUCAUUGUGGAGGAGUACACCGACAUCGAGAAUGAAGGAGUCACGAAGGAAAUGGUGGAUAUCGUGCUCGAUGCCCUACAAAAUCCCCAUAAGAUACGACCAGAAGGCGAAUGCAUUCUCGGUGAAAUCACGCGACAAUUUUGGGCUCACGUGAUCCAAUUCGCAAGCCUGCCCUCUCAACGUCACUUCCUUGAAACCUUCGAUGAAUACAUUAAUUUAGUACUUGUCGAGGCCAUCGACCGCGAGCAAGGCCGGAAGCGCAGUCUCGAUGACUACCUGAAGCUCCGGCGCAAAACUAUUGGCGCAAAGCCUUGCCUCCUAAUAAUAGAGAUGGAGAUAGACCUUCUUGAUGAAGCGUUCUACCAUCCCGACAUGAUGUCGUACAACAAGGAGCAAGCGGCUGGGCACGAAUUCCAUAAUUUGAUCAACAUUGUCAUGUUGGAACUGAACCUCGACAGAGGCAGCGCGAUGGCUUGGGCAGCACAUUAUCAUGCUGAAGUUCAGAAACGAUUUAUCGACGGUCUUGCGAAGGUUCCUUCGUGGGGGCCUUCCAUCGACGUCCUAGUCAAGGAGUACCUUAACGGAAUAGCAAACUGGGGUCUAGCAAACUAUUCUUGGAGUUAUGAGAGUCAAAGGUACUUCGCCACCAAGGGCCCGAAAAUACAACACACUAGGCUUAUCCCGUUAUUGCCAAAGAUCAGCGCCGGGCGCUCACAACUACUAUGUGCAACUCCUUCCGCAUGA